CCGGAAGUGAGUGAGCAGCAGAGCUACUGAACGGUGUAAAAUGCCUCAAAGAUGAAGUGAAUUUUCGCCACCCUUUUGUAACUUGUGCAAUGAUUUAGCUCUCAUAAUCCCGUCAUUAUAAAGAGUCUGGCUGGCAGCUGAUGACGCCUAGGUCAGCAGGAUGACCAUCAAAACAAACAAAUCGUACAAGCUGGUGGUUCACAAAAAAGGCUUUGGUGGAAGUGAUGAUGAGCUGAUGAUGAACCCCAAGGUGUUCCCCCAGGUGGCCCUGGGGGACAUCGUGGAGAUCGCUCAUCCCAACGACGAGUACAGUCCUCUGCUGCUGCAAGUAAAGAGCCUGAAAGAAGACCUGCAGAAAGAGACAAUCAGUGUGGACCAAACAGUGGCCCAGGCCUUCAAGCUCCGUGCCUACCAGGAUGUCAUCAUCAACAUUGUGGAUCCUAAGGAUGUGACCCUUGACCUUGUGGAGCUCACCUUCAAAGACCAGUACAUUGGGCGAGGAGACAUGUGGAGACUGAAGAAGAGUUUGGUCAGCACCUGUGCAUACGUGACCCAGAAAGUUGAGUUUGCUGGAAUCAGGGCCCAGGCCAGUGAACUAUGGGUCAAAGGUGAAAAGGUCACGUGUGGGUACAUCAGUGAGGACACCAGGGUGGUGUUCAGGUCCACUUCAGCGAUGGUGUACAUCUUCAUCCAGAUGAGUUGUGAAAUGUGGGACUUUGAUAUCUAUGGAGACCUUUACUUUGAAAAGGCUGUUAAUGGUUUCCUGUCAGAUCUCUUUACCAAAUGGAAGGAGAAGAACUGCAGCCAUGAGGUGACGGUGGUGCUGUUCUCCAGGACCUUCUACUCAGCUAAAUCUAUGGACGAGUUUCCUGAGAUCCUGAGGGGUUCUAUCAGACAGGACCAUGAGGGACGCUUUUAUGAGGACUUCUACAGAGUGGUGGCCCAAAAUGAAAGGCGAGAUGAGUGGACAUCUCUCCUCAUCACCAUCAAGAAACUCUUCAUCCAGUACCCUGUCCUGGUGCGCCUCAGAGGAGCAGAUGGCUUCCCCUCUGGUCAGAACUCCACAGCAGCUCAGGGGAACUAUCUGGAAGCUAUUAACCUCUCCUUCAACGUGUUCGACAAGCACUACAUCAACCGCAACUUCGACCGCACAGGGCAGAUGUCCGUCGUGAUCACACCGGGCGUGGGGGUGUUCGAGGUGAACCGCCUGCUCAUGAUCCUCACCAAACAGCGCAUGAUAGACAACGGUAUCGGAGUGGACUUGGUGUGCAUGGGAGAGCAGCCACUCCAUGCUGUUCCUCUGUUCAAGCUGCAUAACCGGACAGUACCAGGAGACUCCAGGCUGGGGGAUGACUACAACCUGCCCCACUGGAUCAACCACAGCUUCUACACGUCCAAAAGCCAAGGCAGCUGCAGUUCUUUUACCCCCAGGAUAAAGCUGGCAGGACGCAAGGCCCAUGCAGAGAAAGCCAAGAGCAGUAAAGAGAACUCCCUGGGAGCCCCUAAAGACUCGGAGAACAGCUUGCCCAUCCAGGUGGACUACGACGCCUAUGACGCCCAGGUGUUCCGGUUGCCAGGGCCCUCUCGAGCUUCACGCAGCACCAACUUCAGGUCGAGUCGUGAGAGGGAGACCAGUGGUCGGAAGAGCUGGGGGUCGGCCGACGCCAGUGGUGGGGGCCCAGGGACAGGAGGGGUGUCCCCGCCAACGAGGGGCCCCGGAAUGGGGGGCCCAGACGAGCAGCGGAGCCUGGCGUCCGAGGACAGCCUGGGGCGCGUGUCCAACAUCCUCCUGAUCCCCCGCGGACCCCCAGCCCAGUACGAGGUCAGCAGCUCACUGGGGUACACCAGCACCAGAGAGAUCCUGGAGAAGAUGAUGGAGUCCCAGCGGGACUGGAGCGCCCCGGGUCGUUUUACGGUGGGCAGCGCCGAGUCCACUCUGCACGUGCGGCCGGGCGGCUACACCCCCCAGCGGGCGCUUAUUAACCCCUUUGCCCCCUCACGCAUGCCCAUGAAGCUCACCUCCAACCGCCGCCGCUGGAUGCACACCUUCCCUGUGGGCCCGUCGGGAGAACCCAUCCAGAUCCACCACCAGACGCGGCAGAACAUGGUGGAGCUGCAGGGCAGCGAGCAGAGAGACCCCGCCCACACCUCCGCGGAGCUGCUGGAGCUGGCCUAUCACGAGGCCACUGGCAGGAGAGCAGCUUCUCGUCAUGGUGGAGAGAAUGGCCUUUACAUCAACGCAGGAAUAGAGGAUUUCUCUGGCAGCCCCUCCAGCAGCAACAGCACUGGAACCCCUGUUAAUCGUGGAUCCUCAUUCGAUGACUUCUCCUCUGGUGGUCCUGACCCAACCCUGCUGCUGUCUGCCCCCCCGACAGUGCCCAGUUUCUGCUGCACAGUGGGGGUGGACUGGAAGUCCCUGACCACACCCGCCUGCCUCCCCCUCACCACCGACUACUUCCCCGACAAACAGUCGCUCCAGAACGACUACACCGAGGGCUGCUACGACCUGCUACCCCACACAGACCUGGACAGGCGCGAUGAGGACGCACCAGCGAUGUCGGCACCUCAAGUGUUUGAGGAGUUCAUCUGUCAGAGGCUCAUGCAGGGCUACCAAAUCAUCGUCCAAAAUUCCAGGAAACAGGCACCGCCUUCUUCUGCCCCGCCUCUCAGCAGCAGCCCACUCUACUCUAGAGGUCUGGUGUCUCGGCGCAGGCCAGAGGAGGAGGAGAGUGUGUACUGGCUCAGCAUGGGCCGCACAUUCCACAAAGUCUGCCUGAAGGACAAGAUCAUCACCGUCACACGCUACUUGCCCAAGUACCCGUACGAGUCGGCACAGAUCCAGUACAGCUACAGCCUGUGCCCGCCUCACGCCGAGGCCCACUUCCUGUCCUGUUGGGUGGAGUUCAGCCACGAGAGGCUGGAGGAGUACAAGUGGAACUACCUGGACCAGUACAUCUGCUCGGCCGGCUCCGAGGACUUCAGUCUGAUUGAUUCGUUGAAGUUCUGGCGCACACGUUUCCUACUGCUCCCGGCUGGCGGAGGGGCGCGACGCGUUGCGGACAGCGAUGGCCGAUGGGACGUGUACGGCGAGGGCUUCGGGGUGCCGGGCUCUGAUUGGGCGCCGCUGGAUGGCUUCAUCCGCUUUGUGGAGGGGCUGAACCGCAUUCGCCGCCGACACCGCUCCGACCGCAUCAUCAGGAAAGGUGGAGCCAUGAAGGGCUUGCAGGUGACUGGCCCUCUCUCCCCCUACCCCCCUGAGCCCAUGGCGCCCCCUCUGGGCAAGAAGGGAACCUCGGCGCUCUCCGCACUGCUGGAGCUGGAUCAGACUCAAAAGACUCUUGAGGAGCAGCAGCAGGCCGCCCAACAUGGCGUCAAGGCAGCCGGGCCCCUCAGUGAAGCCUCCACCGGGACCAUGGCAACCACCUAUGUCGACAGCCCCCGAAAGGACACCGGCUUCCUUCUGGAUUUUAUCCGGAGCCCUCGCUCCUCAUACAUCUAUCACUCUCAGAUUUCAGCUGAACAACCAGCGGCCAGUGUGGCUGAGUCUGGGCUGACUGACAAAGCAGCCGGCCAAUCAGCUGCUGCCGGUGCUGGUACUCAGUCCAGUGGAGACGCAGCCUCUGGAGUUUCCACGGAAACCAGUGGCCAUGUUGGGGCAGGACCGCUCACCCUGUCCUCCGCUUCAACACUCCUGGAGAUCCUCGAGGCCAUCAAGCACCCCACCACUGGAGUGCAGCUCUUGCCAGAGCAGAAGGGCCUGCCCCCCAACAGCUUCAUCAGUGCUGAGGUGGUGCACUGGCUCGUCAGCACCGUGGAGGGAGUGGACACCCAGGGAAUGGCUGUGGACAUCGUGCAGAAAAUGCUGGAUGAGGGUCUGAUAGCCCAUGCCUCGGGAGAUGCCAUGCGCACCUUUGUGUACGGCUUCUAUUUCUACAGGAUAGUGGCAGAGAAGGAUGGUGAGAGGGCCCCCUCCACCCAGCUUCCCCCCACAGGUGCCGGCGUCUGGUCGACGGCGGUGCUUGAGGACUUCGCUCUGUUCCAGAGGAAGUGGUUUGAGGUGGCCUUCGUUCUGGAGGAGCGUCGGCCCUGCGACCUGCCCGCCUUCUUGUUGCCAUGGCUACCCAGCCGGCCGGCCUCGUAUGCAAGUAGGCACAGUUCUUUCAGCCGCAGCUUCGGAGGACGCAGCCAGGCCGCCGCACUGCUAGCAGCUGCCACGGUGCCGGAGCAGAAGACGGUCACCUUGGACGUCGACGUCAACAAUCGCAGCGAUCGCACCGAGUGGUGCAGCUGCUAUUACCAUGGCAACUUCUCCCUGAACGCUGCCUUCGAGAUCAAGCUGCACUGGAUGGCCGUCACGGCGGCAGUCCUCUUCGAGAUGGUGCAGGGUUGGCAUAGGAAGGCAGCGUCGUGUGGGUUCCUGCUGGUGCCCGUGCUGGAGGUGCCCUUCGCUCUGCCCUCCUACCUGUACGGAGACCCGCUCCGUGCCCAGCUCUUCAUCCCCCUCAACAUCCAGUGCCUGCUCAGAGAGGGAUCCGACAACCUGUUUGAAGGAUUUGAGCCAGAGACAUACUGGGACCGUAUGCAGCUUUUCCAGGAAGCCAUUCUCUACAGGUUUGGGUUCGUCCAGGAUAAAUUCUCAGCCUCAGCCUUCAACUUUCCAUCGGAGAACAAGCCCCAGUACAUCCACGUCACAGGCACUGUGUUCCUCCAGUUGCCCUACUCUAAGCGCAAGUACCCCAGCGGGCAGCAGCGGCGCCGGCGCAACUCCACCACCUCGGCCACGCAGAGCCUGUUUGGGGCGGACGAGCACGUGGGCUACUACUGGGCCUACAACACCAUGCUGACCAAGGCCUGGCGCACGGGCCUGCUCGGCGACGAGAGGCUGGGCGAGAGGCUGCUCCGCGACUUCACCGACUUCUGCGCCAACAAGGACAACCGGCUGGCGGCCUUCUGGGAGAGUUGCCUGGAGAAGAUGAACUCUAGUGCCCCAUGAUGAUGAUGGGACUGAAGGAAGAGAUGGACGGAUGGACGGAUGGACGGAUGGAUGGAUGGAUGGAUGGAUGGAUGGAUGGACGGACGGACGGACGGACGGACGGAUGGAUGGAUGGAUGGAUGGAUGGAGGGAUGGAUGGAUGGAUGGAUGAAUGUGAAAGUCAUGGAACUGCUCUCCUGGUCUCCUAUGUCAUUAAUGAACAGAGGACUUAAGUGGAUAGACAGCUGCCAAAUACUGAAAAUGUGUGUGUGUGUGUGUGUGUGUGUGUGUGUGUGUGUGUCUGUGUGUCUGUCUGUGUGUCUGUCUGUCUGUACACUAUAUCAGUAUUACUGUGAUAAAUACGCAGAAAGACUGUGUGUGCGUGUGUGCGUGCGUGUGUGUGUUUGUUUGUUUGUUUGUUUGUGUGCAUGUUGUUUUUGUUUUGUGCCUAAGACUAAAGACUGCCUGCUGAUGACGUUGGGAUGUAACUGCCUUCAGGUCCUGCUGCUAAUUUUCCUUUAUGGUGUGACAAAUUAAUGGAAGCCUUUAAAAAUAACAGUAAAGACCAAUUAAUUUAC